AUGCCCUCUCUUGCUGAAUUUGAUGAGUUGAAAUUUGACCAUUCGGUGAAAAGAUUAGAUAAACCUUCCGCAUAUCUACUAAGGAAGGCCCGUAAGAAUCCAAAUGGGUUGGAGGAAUUACGUCAAUCAUUACAAUCUGCUACUAUUUACGUGGGCAAUCUUUCCUUUUACACAUCUGAGGAACAAAUAUAUGAGCUUUUCAGUAAGUGUGGGUUUAUUAAGAGGAUUAUUAUGGGGUUAGAUAGAUUUAAGUUUACGCCAUGUGGGUUUUGCUUUGUGAUUUAUAGUAAUGCACAGGAGGCAUUGAAUGCAUUGAAGUAUCUUUCUGAUACAAAGUUGGAUGAUAAACAUAUUACUAUUGAUUUGGAUCCUGGGUUUGAAGAUGGGAGACAAUUUGGUAGAGGUAGAGGUGGUGGACAAGUUAGUGAUGAAUUAAGAUUUGAAUUUGAUGCAUCCCGAGGUGGGUUUGCCUUACCCUUUGCUGAGCAGAUGCAUACCGAGGGUAAUAAUGGAUUCAAUGAACAUAUAGAUAAUAAUGGUAGUGGGUAUAUACCUCCUGCGGAUGCUAUGGGUACAUUUAGCACAAAUCAAUCUAGAUUUGGUGGGAGUGGCGACAUAGCACAAGAGGAAGGUGAUUUCAAGCCUAAACAACGUGACGAUGAAAGAGGUGAUGUCAUUGGUUCCCAUGAUGGGAUGAACAAUGAUGAAAAUGAAGAUGAUAACUAUAUUCCUCAAUAA